AUGAUACAUAAAAUCUAUGCUUACAUAUUAAAUUAGAAACAAACAUUCUUCAAGUAUUUCCCGCCAAUUCCACCGUAUACGUGUGUGUAGUUAGAAUAUCUUACAUUUACGUUAAAAAUUUGUAGAAAUUAACUGUGGAAAAUGGAAGGAUUUGACGAUCCAGGAAUAUUCUUUUCCGAUAAUUUUUCGGUAGGCGACACUAAUAAAGCACAAUCGCAAACUAAUCUCCAAUUUUAUAAAAAGAAGUUCAUGGAAUUUAUCAGACAAUUUCACGAAGGAAAUUUCAAUUAUAAAUACAGAGACACUUUAAAGCGGAAUUACAAUCUUGGCCAGUAUUGGGUGGAAGUUAAUUUGGAGGAUUUGGCAGCUUUUGAUGAAUCUUUAGCUGAAAAAGUUCAUAAACAUCCAACAGAAUAUUUGCCAAUUUUGGAGGAAGCUGCAAAAGAUUUGGCCGAUGAACUUACUGCCCCGAGACCGGAAGGGGAAGAGAAGGUCGAGGACAUCCAACUGCUAUUGUCUUCGGAUGCGCAUCCAAGUUCCUUGAGGGGCAUGAAGCCUGAUGCAGUUUCUAAGCUGAUCAAAAUAUCUGGCAUUGUUAUUUCUGCAUCUGGAAUUAGAGCUAAAGCCACAAAGAUUGCUAUACAAUGUCGUUCUUGUCGAAGCAUGCAGGGCAAUAUUUCCAUUAAACCUGGUUUAGAGGGAUAUGUUUUACCCAGGAAAUGUACAACAGAACAAGCAGGUCGACCAAAAUGCCCAUUGGAUCCAUUCUUCAUAAUGCCAGACAAGUGUCAUUGCGUUGAUUUCCAAGUUCUUAAAUUGCAAGAGCUACCAGAUCAUAUUCCACAGGGUGAAAUUCCACGCCAUUUGCAAUUGUAUUGCGACCGCUAUUUAUGCGAUAGAGUUGUACCAGGCAAUAGAGUUCUUAUUUUGGGAAUAUAUUCUAUCAAGAAGGUUACUAGAACCGGUGGUAGAGGUGCAGGAAAAGAGAAGGCAUUGGUUGGUGUCCGGGCUCCAUAUAUAAGAGUUAUAGGAAUUUCUGUAGAUGGAGAAAAUGUAGGCAGUGGUACCCAACCAAGUGUUACAAACGAGGAAGAAGAUUUAUUUAGGCGUAUAGCAGCAGAUUCAAAUAUAUAUGAAAGGAUUGCAAAGAGUAUAGCUCCGAGUAUCUUUGGUGCACUGGAUAUGAAGAAAGCAAUAGCGUGUUUAUUAUUUGGAGGAGCCAGGAAAAGAAUGCCCGAUGGUCUCUGCAGAAGAGGAGACAUCAAUAUUUUAAUGUUAGGUGAUCCUGGUACAGCCAAAUCGCAAUUGCUAAAAUUUGUCGAGAGGGUCGCACCCGUUGCAGUUUACACAUCAGGAAAAGGAAGCUCGGCUGCUGGUUUAACAGCGUCAGUUUUAAGAGAUCCAGUUACGAGAAAUUUUGUUAUGGAAGGAGGUGCUAUGGUUCUCGCGGAUGGCGGUGUCGUUUGCAUAGAUGAAUUUGAUAAAAUGAAAGAGGAUGACAGAGUUGCGAUACAUGAAGCUAUGGAACAACAAACAAUAUCAAUCGCGAAAGCAGGAAUUACUACAACAUUAAAUACUCGGUGUUCCGUUCUGGCUGCAGCGAAUUCCAUAUUUGGUCGUUGGGACGAUAUAAAGGGAGAAGAGAAUAUAGAUUUCAUGCCAACUAUAUUGUCACGUUUUGAUAUGAUAUUUAUUGUUAAAGACGAGCACGAGCAAAAUAGAGACGUAACAAUGGCGAAACACGUGAUGAGUCUUCAUACUAAUGCUAAUCAAGUUACAGAACAGUUUGCGGAAGGGGAGUUGCCGCUGCAUAUAUUGAAAAAAUAUAUUCACUACUGCAGAACACGCUGUGGUCCGAGGCUUAGUAAAGAAGCAGGAGAGAAACUGAAGAAUCGUUAUGUAGUAAUGCGAGCUAGCACGAGAGAACACGAAAAGGAUACUGAGAAGAGACUAUCUAUCCCCAUAACAGUACGUCAGUUGGAAGCUGUUAUAAGAAUUUCAGAAUCGCUGGCAAAAAUGCAGUUAAAGGCCUUUGCCACCGAAGUCCAUGUCAACGAAGCUCUGAGACUGUUUCAAAUCUCAACUUUGGAUGCUGCAAUGUCUGGAUCGCUAGCUGGAGCGGAAGGAUUUACCUCGGACGAAGAUCAUGAGAUGUUAUCUCGCAUCGAGAAACAACUGAAACGUAGAUUUCCUGUUGGGAAUCAAGUGUCUGAGCAGAACGUCGUCAAAGAUUUUGUAAAGCAAGCAUAUCCGGAACGUGCUGUUUAUAAAGUGAUACACACGAUGAUACGUCGUGGAGAACUUCAGCAUCGUAUGCAACGUAAAAUGUUGUAUAGGCUGCAUUGAAAUGUAAUGACGUUUUUUUCUUUUUUUGUUAUUUCAUGUACCGUAUAUUCUUAUUUUAUUAUAAUGACAUUGUGCAUUUAUGCGUUAUUACGUAUUUCCCAUUUUGUACUGUAUUUCGUCAGAUUGCAAUGUAUAAUUAUACAUAAAUAUAAAGAGACACUACAUACGUUUCUUUUCAGUUACGAUGCCAGUUCAUCUUUGAAUGGAUAUUGCGGAUGUUUCUCAACUCUGAAAGGAUCAAGUUAGAAAACAUAAUAUUACUAUGCUUUUGUGACGAAUAAGAUGUAUUUUAUAAAAGACUCACCCGUUAAAGAAUAAGAAGUUGAAAAUUCUUCCACGA